AUGGACAAUAACAGGAAUAAAGACACGGACACUCUGCAAUCCUCCAGCCAUCCUCAUCUCUCUGCCACCAGUCCAAUUCCUCUCAGUCGAGAACUUCUUGGUCAAUUCCAGGUUGCCAAAGUCUUCAAAGACAACUCUCGCCAUAUCACAUCUAUUGACUUUGAUGCUGAUGGAUACAGCUGUGUUACUGCUUCUGAGGAUGAAUCAAUUCGGAUAUAUGAUGUGCGCAGUGGAAAGAGCCGUAAUUGUAUAUACAGUAAAAAAUACGGAUGUGCUUUGGCUCGAUUCACUCAUCGAUCAACCAAUAUUAUUUAUGCUUCUACAAAAGAAGACGACGCACUGAGGUACAUGUCACUGCAUGAUAAUAAAUACCUUCGCUAUUACAAAGGGCACAAAAAGCGUGUCGUGUCGCUUGUCAUGUCGCCACAAGAUGAUAGUGUUCUUUCUGCAAGUCUCGAUGACACGGUCCGGUUCUGGGAUUUACGAUCUCCAAACUGCCAGGGACUCAUGCACACUGACGGAGGUCAACCGUGCUUGGCAUUUGAUCAAGGUGGAUUCAUCUUUGCAGUUGGACUUGGUUCUUGUAAAAUUCUCCUUUACGAUAUCAAAGAAUACAACAAGGGACCAUUUGCUACUUUUCCCAUAAAAGAUCCAAUUACUUUAGAUUUUGCUGCAGAAUGGACACACAUGUCAUUUUCAAAUGAUGGAAAAUUGAUUCUCAUCUCAACCACAUCUAAUGUCAUGUACAUUGUUGAUGCAUUCAAUGGAGGAAUUAAGCACCGACUUACGGGUCAUAUGAAUCAGAUGGGCAUGGCAUUUGAAGCAUGCUUCACACCAGAUGCGGAGUUUGUAAUCGGAGGAUCACAAGAUGGAAAAAUACACUAUUGGGAAGUCGAAACUGGAAACCAUAUUCAUGCCUUGGAAUGGCAUCACGAGCCACCAAAAGUUGUUGCAUUUAAUCCAAAACAUCUCAUGUUUGCAAGUGCCGACACAAAUCUAGCUUUUUGGAUUCCAUCAAUGUAA